CUCAUCUCCUCUCGACCAAGAUUUCCCCCAAAACCCUAGAAAUCCCCAGGCGGCGGCGCGGCGCGCGAUCGGGGGAUCGAGCCGGCGAUGGCGGGCGCGGAUGGGCUCCUUCCCGGCCUCAGGUUCGACCCUAGCGACGACGAGCUCGUCUCCCGCUACCUUCUCCGGCGCAUCCAGCAGAAGCCCCUCCCGCUCGACGGCGUCAUCGUGGAUGCCGAUCCCCUGAGCGUGCCGCCAUGGACGCUUCUCGCGGAUCACACCCGAGGCGACGAGGCCUUCUUCUUCGCGGAGGCACGCGCCAAGAAUGGCAAGGGCAAGCGACAGAAGCGAACCGUGGAGGGCGGAGGGUUCUGGCAGGGGCAGAGGAUGGCCGUGGAUGGCGAGCGGCUGGUCGUCCCAGGCGACGAUGGAGGCGGCGGCGGCGACGAAGGCCUGGAGAUCACGUGGCGCAAGUAUGUGUUGAGCUUCUUCGCCGAGGGUGAACGGGGCAGCUCGGGCUGGGUUAUGCACGAGUACGCCGUGACGUCGCCGGCUGACCUCGCCUCGUCGCAGCUCCGGCUGUACCGCGUCAGGUUCAGCGGCCACGGCAAGAAGCGCAAGAGGGAGCCGCAGUGUCUGGACUCCCACGACGACGACGACGGCGGGGAUCAAGAAAGCGCGACUCACCGGCGCGCCGUGGCUGAGACCACUCUGUUCGACGGAUACGUGCCUCGUCCUGCAGCCGACGGCACCGACCAGGGCACCUAUGGCGUGAUCGACGGCGAAUCUUCGCUGGCGUCACAUUGUCUUCCCGAUCAGAUCGUUCCCCCAGCAGAAGAAGCUGAUGCCACUGCUGGUGUAGAGAAUCCUCUGCUCGAUGAGGAGCGCUGGUCACCACCACAGCCCGCUCUGGUGAAGCAGAACUCCUACGACCUAAUGGCCAUUUCGUCACUGCUGUUUUCUGAUCUUCCCGACAGAAUCGAUGACGAUGACCUGUCUGUGUCGCAAACAGAGGGCACCGAGCUGUCCGAGCAGGGCUCCUCCGGCGUGAUCGACGACGAUUAUUGGCGGGUGUUCCAUGGACUUUCCGACCUGAUCGCGCUGCCAGCAGAGGAAGCCGAUGCCACCGGUGGUGCAGAGAGAGAAGAGAUCGCUCUGCUCGACGAGGAGCGCUGCCCGCAACCACAGCCCGCUCCUCCUACUGCAGCUCUAGUGCCACCACUGCAGGGCCAGAGCUCCUACGACUUGAUGGCUGAUUCGUCACUGUUAUUUGCUGAUCUUCCUGGGAGCAUCGAUGACGAUGAGCUGCAGCGAUCUCUGCGUGCGUCGGACAUGCCUGACCAGUUCUUGGCGCAGACAGAGGAAGCCGGUGCCGGUGGUGGUGGUGGCGCAGCGGCAGCGCUGAACAAGCAGAGCAACUCCUCACCGUUGGGCGUCGAGGUGCCGAUGGCGUUGUCUGAUCUUGAGUCCCCAGAGAGCAUGCCUUUGUCUGAUCUAGAGUUCCCAGAGAGCAUCGAUGAAGUGCUUAGUUACAUUGACUUCACCACGGAUGAUACGAGCUGCCUCGAUUUCGACAUGGACGAGCUGUUUUCCGACAUGCCAGCAGACUAGCGCCCUGCAGAGAGCAAGUGAUCAACGCUGACAUUGUCCUCUUAGGAAGAGAUCAGAGCAAGUGAUCAACGCUGACAUUGUCCUCUUAGGAAGAUAUCAGUUCUUCUUCCUCUGUAGCGCAGUACUGCAGUCUGUGCAGCGGCCAGAAGUUUAGGAGUUUUGUGUUUCUACCCUGGAAUUACAUGUAUUUAUUAGUUCAUUGGUUCAAUUGAAUGUAACAUGUGAUUUAUUAG